AUGCGCUUCCGAGCCCAAUUAAAGAAUACUAGCGUAUUCUCCAAAUUAACCGCUUCCCUAUCAUCUCUGGACAAGGAAUGUUGGAUGCGUCUAGAACAGGAAGUCGUGCGCUUCACCAUCAUCCCAGAUUCAGGCACUCAAGUGUGGUCACAGAUCCCAGUUGAAACUAUUUUCGACGAAGAGACCUACUCAUUAGAAGCCAACGGAGAUGGAAUCAACCUGGAAGUGAAUGUCGGCAUACUAAAUCGUGCUCUGCGCUCAACCGUCGGCGCCUCAUCCGCCCAAUUACGUCUAACAAAAAAGGACAAAACACCCUUCCUUGUUUUAACAAUCCGCACAAACGAAUGGGCAGACGGCAAUGUGCCCCUCGCGGCAAACAACCCUGUACAACCGCCGUCCGCAGUAGCAGGCGAACGUCCAGUGGACCAGCGGACUCGCGAACGUGAAACAUGGAUCACACAGGAGAUUCCGAUCAAGAUUCUGCACUCGGAAUCCGUGGAUGAUCUUCACGAGCCGCACUGUCCCGACCCAGACGUGCACAUUAUCUUGCCGGGACUGGCGCAGCUAAAGAAUAUUUCAGACCGAUUUACUAAGAUUGCGAUGUCGGAGGCCAAGGGGAGUCAAAUGGGGACUUUGGGGGCGGAUGCGCCUUCGACGGCCACGACGACGAUUUCGUCGAGUGCGAUGCCGAAGUUGGAGCUCAGCGCUAAUAUGCAUGGGGGGUUGCGUUUAUCCAUUUCUACAGACGAGCUGAAGAUUGCGAGUGCUUGGUCUGGUCUCGUAAAUCCGCCUUUGGAUCCGGCUCAUAUCAGCACUGAUGACUAUUCACAAUUACCGAGUGAGCGGAUGCGGGGGGUGGGCGAGGAUGAUGAGGCGGGGUGGGCGAAAGUGCGCAUUGAUGCAAGGGAUUGGGGCCGAGUAUUGAGUGUUGGGAGAUUAAGCCCUAGGGUUGUGGCUUGUUUUGUUAACGAAACGGCGCUGGUGCUUUAUGUCUACUUGCCCGGUAGCUGGAAUGGCGAAGAUUCUUGUCUGACUUAUUAUCUCUACGGUCUCCCCACCUCACCAGCCCUGAAAUUCGCCGCCUUCAAAUGUUAG